AUGGCGACGGAGACACCAAACACCCCCGCGCCGCCGCCGGCCGCCGAGGAGAAGAAGAGUCAACAACCCCAAAAGAAGGGCGAUGCCAAAAAGGGCGACGCCAAGAAAGAUGCUCCUGCCGAGGGAGGAGAGAAGAAGCUUUCCGGCGCCGAAUUGAAGGCCAAGGCGAAGGCGGAGAAGGCGGCGAGAAGAGCAAAGGCGAAGGAGUCGCAACCCGCACCACCAGCCGGCCAAGGAGCUCAGCAGGGCGGCGAUGCGAAGGGAGGGAAAUCGAAACAGAGACAAGACGGACCACAAGGCGUCGGUGGUCCUGGUGGAAAGGGCGGUCCAGCGGGAAAGGCUGUCAUCGCCCCUCCCAAGGAGAACAAACCCAAAGUCCCUGAGUGCUUCAGUCAUCUGUCUAUGGCUAAGAGGAUACACAUGACGGAAGUUGACAAGGACGUGCACCCCUCCGUUCUGGCGCUGGGCCAGCAGAUGAGCGCUUUCGCGAUCAGUGAUAGCACCACGAGAUUGGAGGCGACUUUGCUGGCGUUCAAGAAGGUCAUCGACUCAUACACAACACCUCCGGGCAACACAUUCUCCCGCCACUUCACAUCACACAUUUUGAACCCCCAGAUCGAGUAUCUCUCGGCAUGCAGACCCAUGUGCUUCUCCAUGGGUAACGCCGUGCGCUGGCUGAAGCUUCAAGUCAGCAAGAUCGAUAUUGACCUCCCCGACUUCGAGGCCAAGAAGCUCCUUUGCGAAUCCGUCGACAACUUCAUUCGCGAGCGUAUCGAGCUGGCCGACUUUGUCAUCGUCAAGACGGCUGCCGACAGCAUCGAGAACGGCGAGGUCGUCCUGACCUACGCGCACCACCCGCUCGUCGAGCGCGCCCUCCGUCAAGCUCACGCCGACGGCAAGAAGUUCUCCGUCACUGUCGUCGACGACCCAUUUGAGAGCACCGGCCGCGAGCUCGCCAAGAGCCUGCGCGCCCUUCCCGGAGGCGGUGUCGAGGUCUCAUACUGCCCGGACCUGAGCGCCAUGCGAGCCCACCUGCACGAGACAUCGCGCGUGUUGGUCGGCGCGGAGGCCAUGUUCAGCAACGGUGCCAUGUACGCUCGCGCGGGAACGAGCGACAUCGCUAUUGCGGCUGCAGACCAGGGUAUCCGCGUGGUUGCGCUGUCGGAGACCAUCAAUUUCACUGAGAGAGUCGCAAUGGACUCCCUGACGUUCAACGAGAUCGACCCUGAGCAGAUGACUGCGGACAGCUUCCGUCUGCUCUUCGACACCACUCGGGAUCGUCACAUUUCUGUUGUUAUUACGGAGUUGGGCAUUACCUCGCCUGUGUCUGUGCCGGCGAUUCUGAGGAAGUUGGAGGAGUUGUAA